CAAAAAACAGCCAUGUCUAGAUUAUGGGUCAGAUAGAAGACCAUCGGCUUUAAUCUGGUUGACUUUUGUGAUUUUAUUUCACCGUUAUACCUUUUGGAGAUCCACACCGGGAAUAAACCGCUACCUCCGCAGACAGUGAGGGAAUAAACGCUCCUCUGCGGCUCUCCAGCUGCGCCUUUUGUCAGCGGAAAAAUACACGAUGAUGUUUAUAAUUAGACGCUGAAAAGAACUGACGGCGCGUUUGUCGAGCCUUGGGAAAAUAAAAAAAAAGGUGUUUCCUCAACCAGCGGUGUCAAACAUAAGAGGACCAUAGAUGAGAUUCCUUCCCACUGCGGGCGGCGUUUGAAACAAAGAAUCCAUCCAAAUGAUGUCAGGAAAGCAUUUCAAGGCUCAUGAAGUGAGCUGCUGCAUCAAGUAUUUCAUCUUCGGAUUCAACAUAAUAUUCUGGUUCCUUGGAGUGGCGUUCCUCGGCAUCGGGUUGUGGGCAUGGAGCGAAAAGGGUGUCCUCUCUAACAUCUCGUCCAUCACAGACCUGGGGGGUUUUGACCCAGUCUGGCUCUUCUUGGUGGUGGGAGGUGUGAUGUUUAUCCUCGGAUUCGCUGGUUGCAUCGGAGCACUGCGAGAAAACUCCUUCUUGCUCAAAUUUUUCUCUGUGUUCCUGGGUAUCAUCUUCUUCCUGGAGCUGACUGCAGGAGUCCUGGCCUUUGUCUUUAAAGACUGGAUCAAGGACCAGCUCAACUUUUUCAUUAACAACAACAUUCGGGCCUACAGAGAUGACAUUGAUCUGCAGAACCUAAUAGACUUCACCCAGGAAUAUUGGGAGUGUUGUGGAGCUUUUGGGGCUGACGACUGGAAUUUGAACAUCUACUUCAACUGCACUGAUUCAAACCCCAGUCGAGAGAAAUGUGGAGUGCCCUUUUCCUGCUGCACCAAAGAUCCAGCGGAGGAUGUUAUCAACACUCAGUGUGGCUACGACAUCCGAGCAAAAACGGACUCUGAGCAGCGGACCUUCAUUUACAUCAAAGGGUGCGUUCCUCAGUUUGAAAAGUGGCUUCAAGACAACCUGACAGUGGUGGCUGGCAUUUUUAUUGGGAUUGCAUUACUACAGAUUUUUGGCAUCUGUUUAGCACAGAAUCUCGUGAGUGACAUCGAAGCUGUGAGAGAGAGUUGUUUGUUUACCUAAGACCUCCACAGAAUCUCCAAAGGCAAGAAGGAUGUACCAGGACUCUGCAGUUUGGACACCAGCAAUGAAGGGAAAUAAAUUAAUCAGCUAAUGUGUCCAGAACCAAGAGUCUCAUUCAUAUGUAAAUAGUAAAUUUAGAGUUAUUUUUAGAGUUAUUUGUGGCCUGACUUUUGAAUGAAGCACAACUUCUAAAAUGUAUUGUAGCUUUCAUACAGUACAAAUUAAACAAAUGCAAUGCAAAUUCUUUACAGUAUAAGCAGCUAUGAUGGUACAGUCCCAGUUCAGAUUACUUUAGUUUGUAAGCCUGGAAAUGAGCAGCUGGGGGGGGGGGAAUCAUAACAUAAAGGUAGAUUUGAUGUUUUAUUAGAGGUAGUGCUUCAUUCAGAAAAGGGACUCGGUUUUAUAUCUCUCACAGCUGCAGUUUUUAACACUGCAUGUAAGGGUUGUGUACAAAGAUAAAAGUGAUUCUGGAAAUGCACUGCAUGCCUAUUGUCUACUGGUAGGACAUUGGCUCUCCUAAAUGUAUUUCAUUAAUGUUAAGUAUUUUAAAAAAAUAUUUGUAAAAUAGUCACUAGUUUAGAGUGAAUCGGCUGGUUAGCACUUUGUUGAAUGUUUAAUGGAAUCUACUUAAAGCUACGAAGAAUUAACUUUAGAUUUAUUUCCAUCUGUGACAUCAUGCUCAUAUUAAACAGAUACAUACAGUUUGUAAGCAGAGUUUUGUGGGGCUGAGGUGGAUAUAGUAACAUGUAGUGCCGUGAAGGGAUAUAUGAUGGAUGUCGUGGGCUUUGCAAAGAUGCAGUUUGUUAAGAGUUUUGGAGAUGACAUUAAUGAAAAUGUCUAAAUAUACUGGGGGAAAAAAACAAAAAACAGGAGAUGUGGCAUCUAAAUCAAAACUCAGCUUUAAGCACUUUAAUCUUCAUACUGUAUACGAGUUAUAAAGCUCAUUGCAGUUUCUGUCAUGACUGUUAUUUUAGUCAAGCAGCAGCCACUGGAGGGGGCACUUUUCCUCAUAAACAAACUGCAUUAGUAACUAUGUGAUGCUCCCUAAUGUCGGAUAAUUUUGUCCAAAAGCAGCUUGACAGAAAAUGUGUUUCAGCACAUUAUAAGUGUUGUGCCGUUCCUUGCACAUUCCUUAUCUUACUGUCAGUGUUCAUUCAUUAAUUUUCCUCUAUUUCUCAAGUGUUUCUUUGAUGGAAUUUGCCUAAUUGACAAAAUACCCUUUGUUGUUUUUCUGUUUUGAUCUGUAAGUUUUCACUGGAAAAUUAGGAUACAAGCUAUUACCAAGGCUCGUUAUGAAUGGCAUGCUGAUACUGCUUGGUGGCAAAAGAAUUUAUAGCCUACUUACAUACAUUACUUGAAAGUGGAGCACACAGGCUCUCUCACCAGCAUUAUUUUGAAUGCAAACUUGGACACUGAGAUUCAGCUUACACGUUUUUCUUUCCAGACAUAACCUGGAAGUGUAUAAUUUUGUGUGAUAACCUUUAAUAUAACGGCAUAGCAUGAAAGUAAGAGCAGCCAUUUAAUGUAAAGGCAGUGUGACUAUGCUGCAGGUUACACAGCGUUUCCUUUGCAGCCUUGAUGAACUGAACAUCCAAAAGAUACUAAACAAUGCAUUUCUGCAUUUUUAAUAUCUUGUAAAUGUAAUAUAGCAUCAAAGGGGGUCGAAUAUCCUUUUUUCCACUAAAAGCUUCAUGAUUGUUGUUGACUGAUCACACUUUUUCUUACCACUCAGUGCCAUAUUUGUGAUUUCUACUUCUACAUACUCCUGAUUAUAAGAUAACUUUUGUUUCAUGUGUACUCCUGAUUCUUGUAAAUAGCUGGAUUGUGACAAGUUGUAAAUAUAUAUCUGAAUAAAUGUGGUUCUUUGUAAA